AUGGCCACUGCAUCAGUAUCGACUCCUAUCAAGUCCCACAAGGGACUCUUCUCUUCCCGUACCGCUGGCGGACGCAUGCCCUUGACCCCCUCUCCCCGUCAGCACUCCACCACCUCCAUCUCAGCAAACCUGAACUCUUCCCCGUUCACCCCUGAGAAGCAGUCGAGCAAUGACACCUACCGGGCAACUGGCAAGUCCACCUACAGUGGCAACCUCACCGCACACCUCGCAAGAUCCACCACCAACAAGUCGUCUCACCGCGACUCCCCCAAGUCCAACAUUGCCAGAGGCGUCUCCACCCCCCGCAAAGCCCUUGAGCUUGGCGUCUCUGACUUCACGUUGACCGGCACCGGAAUCAAGACUCCUUCCAGCUCCAAGGCCAAGAAGGGCUCUCUGAGGCAAAAGACCGCCAAGACCACCGUCAACUACGGUGCCGACAGAUUUAUUCCCAACCGCGGCGCCAGCUCUGCCAUCGCCAACGCCGGAAGCAGCAAGCUCGACAGGCCUGACAAGAAGUCCAAGUCGAGCGCCAACGAGGCCUCCAAUGUCCUUUCAUCCGCUACGGAUGACGCCAUCGCCGCCUUGGAAGGUCUGAACAUCGACGAGGAAGAGCCUGCCACUUACUCCCGCCCUUCUCCCAACACCGUCGCCUACCAAGACUCCCUCGCCAACGCUUGUGGUGUCAGCCUCAACACUCGCAUUCUUCAGUUCAAGCCCGCGCCCCCUGAAUCUUCGAAGCCCAUCGACCUUCGCCAACAGUACAAUCGCCCUCUCAAGCCUGCAACUGCAACCUCUGCUCAGUUCCGUCGUCGUGUCGCUACAGCCCCUGAGCGUGUUCUCGACGCCCCCGGACUUAUCGAUGACUACUACCUCAACCUGCUCGACUGGAGCUCCGGCAACCAGGUCGCCAUCGGUCUUGAGCGCAAUGUCUACGUUUGGUCUGCCGACGAGGGAAGCGUUAGCUGUCUUCUUGAGACCAGCGCUGACACUUACGUUAGCAGCGUCAAGUGGUCUGGCGAUGGCGCAUACGUUGGCGUCGGCCUCGGCACUGGUGAGGUCCAGAUCUGGGACGUUGCUGAGGGUCAGAAGGUCCGCAGCAUGUUUGGCCAUGACACGCGCGUUGGCGUCAUGGGCUGGAACAAGCACCUUCUCUCUACUGGCGCCCGCAGUGGCCUCGUCUUCAACCACGAUGUCCGUAUUGCGGAGCACAAGGUUGCGGAGCUCGUCUCGCACACCUCUGAAGUCUGUGGUCUCGAGUGGCGUUCCGAUGGUGCUCAGCUCGCCACCGGCGGCAACGACAACCUCGUGUCCAUCUGGGAUGCCCGUUCUCUGUCGGUCCCCAAGUUCACCAAGACCAACCACAAGGCCGCCGUCAAGGCUCUCGCCUGGUGCCCGUGGAACAUGAACCUUCUGGCCACUGGUGGUGGUUCGUACGAUCGCCACAUCCACUUCUGGAACUCCACCUCCGGCGCUCGCGUCAACAGCAUCGACACUGGCUCCCAGGUCACCAGCCUCCGCUGGAGCCCUCACUACCGUGAGAUUGUCAGCUCCAGUGGUUUCCCUGACAACUCUCUCAGCAUCUGGAGCUACCCCACUUUGGUUCGCAACGUUGAGAUCCCUGCGCAUGAGAGUAGGGUCUUGCACAGCUGCCUCAGCCCCGACGGUCAGAUGCUUGCUACCGCAGCUGCCGACGAGAGCUUGAAGUUCUGGAAGGUGUUCGAGAAGAAGGCCGGAGCUGGCGCUGGCGUGGGAAGCAGCGGCUCCUCUGCCAAGGCAGACAUGGUCAAGCAGAUGACCAUCCGGUGA